AUGCUAUUCUCAAACCUCUCUGCCAUAUCCCUACUAUUCCAAGGGCUUCCAGGAGUGUAUUCCAAGCCAACAUGUACUGUUGAGACAUUUAGGUCCAUCAAACUGGACAACGCGGAAAUCAUCUCUAUCAAUGCCAACGUCUCAAGUAUUGAACUUCCAGAAUGGCCAACCAAUGAGUGGCCUAUACCCGCUGGAAGCCCGCCUAUCAACGUGUGCAAGGUCGUGGUCACGUACACGCAUCCCGGUUGGAAUGACACCAUUAACGCCUAUGUGUGGUUGCCAGUCUCGGACUGGAAUGAGAGAUUCGUAGGUGUUGGUGGAGGGGGCUGGUCAACCGGAGAUGUUCUCGAUCUUGGACUACCAGCCUCCAACGGAUAUGCCGCUGUAACAACCGAUGGUGGUCGCCCUAUGGAACACCGACAGAGCAUGGAUUGGGCACUCACAAAGUCCGGUCAUCUGAACUGGCCCCCUCUGCAAAACUUUGCAGCUGUGGCUUUAGAUGAUGCAGCCACCUUGGGAAAGGCCGUUACAGCAGCUUAUUUUGGCAAAGCGCCAAAGUACUCGUAUUGGAACGGAUGUUCUACUGGCGGAAGACAGGGCCAUAUGAUGGCUCAGAGAUACCCAACUCAGUACAACGGUGUUCUUGCUGCGGCGUCUGCUUUCAACUGGGACAGGUUCAUUGUGUCAGAGUACUGGCCUCAAUUUGUUAUGAACAGUCUUGGCUACUACCCUCCCGCAUGUGAACUUGCUGCCAUCACCAAGGCUGCGAUCAAGGCAUGUGACUCUGUUGAUGGAGUUGAAGACGGAAUUGUGUCCGACUCGGAUGGUUGCGACUUUGACCCCAUGUCGGUAGUAGGAACAGAGGUUACCUGUGAUAACCCCUCAGGUACUAUCAAAGUCUCUGCGAAAGCAGCCGAGGUCGCCCGCUUGUCAUGGCGCGGUCCACAAACCGAAGAUGGAAAAUUCAUGUGGUACGGGCUUGAUAAAACUGCCCCCCUCAACGGAUUGGCCAACACGAAUUGUACCUCCUUGACAAAUUGCACCACGAGCCCCUUCACCAUCGUCAAAGACUGGCUAAGCACUUUUAUCCUACAGGACCCGUCGGUUGAUUUGAAGGACAUGUCGCAUGCAGAGUACAGCAGGCUAUUCAGACAAUCUGUCCAUCGCUUCGCCUCGGUGAUUGGCACAGCUGAUGCCGAUCUGACAGACUUUAAGAAAGCAGGAGGAAAACUCCUUGCAUGGCACGGGACUGCAGAUCAACUGAUUCCGUACAAGGGGUCUGUGGACUACUACAAGCGUGUGCUUGAGGGAGAUCCAGAAGCGAAUGAUUACUACCGCUUUUUUGAAGCACCUGGUGUUUACCACUGCAAAGGUGGCCCUGGAUGGUUCCCAGGUGGUGUGUUUGAUGCCCUCGUGAAGUGGGUGGAAGAAGGAAAGGCUCCUGAUACUCUGUAUGCAGAGACUACUGGAACGGAGAAGAAAAGAGUGGUGGAGCUUUGUGCGUACCCGAAGAAGCUGACGUAUCAGGGUGGUGACGCAAGUAUUGCUUCGUCAUAUGGUUGCAAAUAA